CCCGCGUGGCCGCUCGUGACGCGAACCAAUGGGAGGAGGGGACGGCGCCGAUGCGCGCUGGGAAAUCCAAAGCGAGGCUCCCUUCGUGAGCCGCGCGUUACAAGUUACCCCACCACCCCUGGUGGAGUUACCCCGAGCGAGUUGGAGGAAUCGCGGCUCGCCGCUGCCAUGGGGUCGACUCGGCACGUGGCGGUGGCGGUGUCGGGAGGGGUGGACAGCGCCGUAGCGGCCUUGCUCAUGAAGAGACGCGGUCACCGCGUGACCGGGGUGUUCAUGAGGAACUGGGACCGGGCGGACGAGGUGGCGGCUGGGCCCUGCUCCGGGGACCGUGACCGUGACGACGCGCGCCGCGUGUGCGACCAGCUCGACGUGCCGUUCCGGGAGGUCAGCUUCGUCAAGGAGUACUGGCACGAUGUGUUCAGUGCGAUGCUGAGAGGCUACGAGGGAGGAAGGACCCCCAACCCAGACAUCCUGUGCAACCGGCACAUCAAGUUCCACCACCUGCUGCAGUUCGCAAUGGAGCGACUCGGCGCGGACGCGGUGGCGACGGGCCACUACGCGCGCACCUCGCUGGAGGAGGAGGCGGUGCUGGGGCAGACGUACGGCGCCGGCGGGGACCCGCCACGCGGUGUGCGGUUGCUCGUCUCCGCGGACCCCGUGAAAGACCAGACGUUCUUCCUCAGCCAGGUGCCGGCGCGCGCCCUGCGCCACGCACUCUUCCCCGUGGGCGGCCUGCCCAAGGCCGUCGUCAGGCGAGUGGCCGCCCAGGCCGGCCUCAACCACGUGCUGCAGCGCAGAGAGAGUGUCGGGAUGUGCUUCAUCGGGAAGAGGAAGUUUGAGAACUUCCUGCUGGAGUACCUGGAGCCCCGUCCCGGGAACUUUGUGUCGAUGGAGGACGGUCGCAUCUUGGGGCAACACAAAGGUGCGUUCCUGCUGACGGUCGGGCAACGCGCGCGGAUCGGGGGGCUGCGCUCGGCGUGGUUUGUGGUGGAGAAGAACGUCGACACGGGCGACGUGCUCGUGGCUCCGUCCAAUGACCACCCGGCACUGCAGCACAGCACCCUGAGCACAGGACGCGUCCACUGGAUGUGGGGGGCGCCCCCCACGGAGCUGGUGAGGAGCGGGAGGAUGGAGCUGCUCGCUCGGUUCCACCACCAGAUGCCACUCAGGCGCUGCUCCCUGACGCUCGAGCCGGACGGCUCCGCGUGGCUCGCGUUCGCCCAGCCAGUACGCGCCCCGCCGCUCGGACAGUUUGCCGUGUUCUACCAUGGUGACGAGUGUCUGGGCAGCGGAGAGAUUGUGCACGUGGGCCCCUCCGUCUAUUCCUUGCGGCGGGGAGGGGGGGACCCCCCCCAGCACCGGGACCCCCCAAAACACUGGGACCCCUCCACGGACACCGACCCCACGCACGCACAAGCAGCCACCCUGCGCCUGGGAAUCCCCUAGGCCCGCUCAGCCUGAAAUGAGUUGACGGGAGGCCGUAAUAGACGCGUGUCCGGCACCCGGAACCCAACUCCCCCCCCCCCCCCCCCGUCAACACCACAAUCGAGACGUUUCCAUCGCAAGGAAUUUUUUUAAGUGAAAUAUUUUGUUUUAAAAAUUGAAAAAGACGUGUAUAUAAAAUGUACCAAUAAAAUCCGUUGCGCGAGUAACGAUCCACCACCAC